AUGGCCACGAAGUAUGUGCGAGACUUCUCAUCGGCUUUGGAGCUUCGAUCCAUCCUAGGAAUACUGAUUGAGCAUGGGGCCGACAUCGGUGUCAGUUGGAUGCAAGUAAUCUUUUCAACCCCCUCAGUUUUCCUCUUAAGAGGAAAGGUCCAACCCAACCUCGAGGUGAAGAACGGCGCAGGCCAGACACCGUUAUGCAAGGCUGUUUGCGAACGCCGGUACGAAUCAGCAACCUUGCUUCUAGACAGAGGGGCUUCAGCGGAACCCAUUGGUCGUGGAAAGAGGCCCAUGGACUGUGCGAUUCACAACAAGGAUGAGCAAAUGGUGAAGCUUCUUUGGUAUAAUGGUGCAAGCAUCAAGUCUGUUGGCAGCAAGGAUCAGCACGGUGUGGUGAUGGACGACAAGCUGGGAGGAGGUGGAAAAGUUGUUGAUUUCAUGAAAGCAGACCGACAACCCGAGUUGAGCUGGGAAGUUCGCAGGAUUUGA